AAAAUACACAAAUUUUCAAACUAAAAAGUUUGUUCCAGUGUGUAUCAUACUUGACAGAAGCCAACAAGAAACCUAACCUUAAAUUUUCCGCAGUAAACAAAUAUUUAAAUAUAUUUUUACAUUUAUACAUAUUUUAGAGUGAUGUCGAACGAUGGCAGGUUUUUAAUGAGCGGUUGGGAAGAUGAUUUGGAUGAUAUUGACAGUAGCAGAAAUCCUCAAGAUAAAAACGAAAAUGAAAUAUUAGAAGCAGCAGAAAAGGGUAAUUUAAAUAAAAUAAAAGAACUUCUAAAAAUUCGAAUGGAAUUAGUGAACAUCAUUGACCGUGAUAAGUACACUCCCCUUCAUAGAGCUUGUUCGACUAAUCAAAAGGAGGUUGCAUUGCUCUUAAUUGAAAAUGGUGCUGAUGUAGAUGCUAAAACUGAUAUGGGAUGGACACCCCUUCACUCUUGUUGCCACUGGAAUAGUCUUGACUGUGCCAAUAUAUUACUACAACAUGGAGCAGAUGUUAAUGCUCAGUCUGAAGGAGGACAAACUCCCCUUCACGUAGCAGCUUGUCAUGGAGCCUCAUAUGGUAUUGUAGAAAUACUUUUAAUGCAUCCAUACAUCAAACCCAACAUUAAGAAUAAGAGUGAUGAAACUGCAAUGGAUAUUGCUAAAAGAAGCUCAAAAUUUUAUAAUAUAUUUGACAUGGCAGAUACAUUACUUAGUAAUGAAAAUUUAGAGUUGUUGAAGUAGAGGAAUUGCUGGAUCUGUGAUUUUAUUAUUUUUAUAUAAAUAAAUAUUUAUUUAUGUUAA